UUUUGCCUUUUAUUGUGCAGCGACUUGAGUGAACAAACAUUAUGUCUGGCAGAGGGAAAGGAGGUAAAGGACUGGGCAAAGGCGGAGCCAAACGGCAUCGCAAAGUUCUUCGCGAUAAUAUCCAAGGCAUCACCAAACCAGCUAUCCGCCGCCUGGCUCGGCGUGGCGGUGUCAAGCGAAUCUCGGGUCUCAUCUACGAGGAGACCCGUGGGGUGCUGAAGGUUUUCUUGGAGAAUGUGAUCAGGGAUGCGGUCACCUACACCGAGCACGCCAAGCGUAAGACGGUCACGGCCAUGGAUGUGGUGUACGCUCUGAAACGCCAGGGCCGCACUCUGUAUGGCUUCGGCGGUUAAAUAAUUCUUCCCUUUAACAAAUCGACAAAACAAAGGCUCUUUUAAGAGCCACCCA